AUGGUGGUCUUAACAAAACCUACCAUUGAUCACUUUCCUAUAGUCAAAAACUCUUUCAAAUCUCCCUCUUUCUUCAAUGAUAUUCCUGUAAUAGAUCUCUCUAAACCCGACUCCAAAAACCUCAUCGUUAAUGCCUGCGAAGAAUUCGGAUUCUUUAAAGUCAUAAACCAUGAUGUUCCUAUGGAAAUCAUAAGUAAACUCGAAUCCGAAGCCAUUAAAUUCUUCUCAUCUCCCCUCCCUGAGAAACUAAAAGCAGGACCUGCUGACCCUUUUGGUUAUGGCAAUAAGAAAAUCGGACAAAAUGGCGAUAUCGGUUGGGUUGAAUACAUUCUCCUUUCAACAAACUCUGAAUUCAAUUACCAGAAAUUCUCAUCUGUAUUAGGUGUAAAUCCAGAAAACAUACGGGCUGCGGUUAGUGAUUAUGUGUCAGCAGUGAAGAAAAUGUCAUGUGAGAUUCUUGAAAUGUUGGCGGAGGGAUUAAAUAUUCAUCCGACGAAUGUUUUCAGUAAGCUUUUGAUGGAUGAAAAGAGCGAUUCUGUUUUCAGGCUGAAUCAUUAUCCUCCAUGUCCUGAUAUUCAAGAAUUAAAUGCCAAAAAUUUGAUUGGAUUUGGAGAACAUACCGAUCCACAAAUUAUAUCGGUUUUAAGAUCAAACAACACUUCCGGUCUUCAAAUUUUACUCAAAAAUGGACAUUGGAUUUCUGUUCCAUCUGAUCAGAAUUCUUUUUUCAUCAAUGUUGGCGACUCAUUACAGGUGAUGACUAAUGGGAGGUUUAAGAGUGUGAAACAUAGGGUAUUGACAAACAGUGUGAAAUCAAGACUAUCAAUGAUAUAUUUUGGAGGACCACCAUUGACUGAAAAGAUAGCACCAUUGCCAUCACUAAUUGAAGGAACAGACAGUUUAUACAAGGAGUUUACAUGGUUUGAAUACAAAAAGUCAGCUUACAAGACUAGACUGGCUGAUAAUAGGUUGGUCCGAUUUGAGAAAAAUUUAUAAUAACGAUGUAUAUAACUUAAACUUUU